CACGGGCGCGCCGGACACCGACUUACGCUUCUAUACGCAAUUUUCCGUAUUCACUCAACUGUUGGCUUUCAAUCUGGUCUUUCUGGAAGACAACACAUCGAAAACUAUAAAAUGCGAACCAAAGCCGUUUGAAAUACAAUCGUAUGCUGCUGCAACUCAACUCCGCCUGCUUGAACUAGUGGCACACAUCAGUCAAUCAAUCCAAUCGCCUGUCUGACGACAUAGCCUACCUUACCCGAAGGAGGUCAAGGUUUCGUCGCAACUCGACGCAUCCCGGCCCCCCGAGGAAGAAGCUGGAACUCUAGAGCAAACCAUCGGAGUACAAACGUCACCGCCACCCUUAAAGGCUGCUCUGGGUUCGCUCUCAUCAUGGCGACUUCGGAGCCGUUUCCACUCCUGAGCACCUCCGCCGAUCAGCUUCACAACGCUGCCGACCGUGUGUCCGCCUCUGCUGUCCGGAGGCGGAGACAAUCUAGCGGCCUGGGUUCCGAGUUGCGCGUGGGCGAUACGGGAGCCCCCGGCCUGGCUACAAGCAUCGCCAACAUGGGCCAGAACAAAGAUGCUACCAAGCGUGCCCCUCGCAGGCGCAAGGCUUACUUCCGCAGGUUCAAGCAAUUCGCCACCAAGCACACCUGCGUACUGCCUCUUGUCCUCCUCUUCAUCUUCCUCGUGCUUUACGCCAUCAACCCGACCGAGUCAAAUCCCAUCAGCCGCUUCAUCUUUCUUUCUUACGAACUACCCCCUGAUGCACCGGGCAAGCCCCCACAGUAUGGAAAAGGUCGCUGGGAUAUCGCUUUCGUCACCUUCUACACCGUUGUUCUUUCCUUCACGCGUGAGUUCAUCAUGCAGGAGCUUUUGCGGCCUCUUUCACGUUAUGCCGGUGUCAAGAGCCGCGGGAAGCAAGCCCGCUUCAUGGAGCAGGCCUACACCGCAAUCUACUUUGCCAUCCUCGGCCCCGCUGGCAUGUAUGUUAUGAGCCGCACCCCGGUUUGGUACUUCAACACUCACGGCAUGUACGAGAACUUCCCGCACAAGACCCAUGAGGCCUGCUUCAAGUUCUAUUACCUCUUCCAGGCCGCCUACUGGGCCCAGCAAGCUAUCGUCCUCGUCCUCGGCAUGGAGAAGCCUCGGAAGGACUUUAAGGAGCUUAUUGCCCAUCACAUUGUGUCACUGGCCCUCAUUGCUCUGAGCUACCGCUUUCACUUUACCUACAUCGGCCUUGCCGUCUACGUCACCCACGACAUUAGCGAUUUCUUCCUCGCUACGGCCAAGUUGAUGAACUACAUCGACCACGCCCUUACGGGACCCUACUUUGCCUUUUUCAUGGGCGUCUGGAUCUAUCUCCGUCACUUCAUCAACCUGCGAAUCAUCUGGAGUUUGCUCACCGAGUUCCAGACUGUCGGCCCCUUUGAGCUGAACUGGGAAACCCAACAGUACAAGUGCCGCCUGUCGCAGGUCAUCACGCUGGGCCUGUUGUCCUCGCUCCAGGCUCUGAACCUCUUUUGGCUCUUCUUCAUUGUCCGUAUCGCCUACCGCUUCGUCUUCAACGACAACCUCAGAGAUGACCGGUCCGAUGUCGAGACUGAAGCUGAGGACUCGACUGAACCCGCUGCUACCACCGCCACUGCCAACGGAGCGUCGGUGGCGAACGGCUCGGCCAUCAAGAAGAGGAAGUAGGCGACGUAGGGGCUCGACGUUCUCCCCCGCCCAUGUCGCCACGGGUGCUACGGGCGCUAUACGCCCGAAUUCAUCACCUUGUUUUGGAUAAGACUCGACCCGGACGGUAAAUAAAAGAAGCGCUCGUGUACGAGCUGCUCCCACGUGAUGAGCAUAACCCCUGCAUGCUUUGGGUACAGGAGUAUUAUAGACGCAGAGGCCAGGAGACGCCAGGCAGGAAGACGCUGCCACAUAUCGGUGUUAAUCUCAGGCUCCGUAUAAGGGGCCAUGAUUACAUUUAUGUGACUUGACAUUGUAUGUCCAGUCGCCAGGAUGCAUGAUAAUGAAGGGGUACGGCUUUUGUUUUUCUUCUUGUAAAUAUGUUAAGCAUAGCUAGUCACCUGUUUAAUAAGCUAGGGGUAGCAGUAUAGGUUGCGAUUAUUGGAUCUCCAUUUCUCAUACUUGCGUACCCCAUUCAGCGGUCAAACAGUCUUGCAGACUGAUGUAGUUCAAUCCUUCAACAAAAUCAUAUUGAUCAAGGUUC